AGGACUCCUCCUUUUGCAUAUAUUUGGUCCCGGCGACUUUCCUUACUCAGCUGACGCAGCAGCUGGUGGAGCGGCUGCAAUUCUCGUGAGGCGACAUGGCUGCUCAGAAGAUCAACGAGGGCUUGGAGCACAUCGCCAAAGCGGAGAAAUAUCUGAAAACUGGAUUCUUAAAAUGGAAACCAGACUUUGAUAGUGCAGCUACUGAAUAUUCAAAGGCUGCUGUUGCUUUUAAAAAUGCCAAACAAUUUGAUCAGGCAAAAGAAGCGUAUCUGAAAGAAGCUGUCUCCCAUGAAAACAAUAAAGCUCUUUUCCAUGCUGCCAAGGCUUAUGAACAAGCUGGUAUGAUGUUAAAGGAAAUGCAGAAACAUUAUGAGGCAAUAGAACUGAUAGAGAAAGCCAGUAUGAUGUAUCUGGAGAAUGGGACUCCUGACACAGCAGCUAUAGCGCUAGACCGGGCUGGGAAGGUAAUAGAAAAUAUAAAUGCAAACAAGGCCAUUCAGCUAUAUCAGCAGACGGCAGCAGUGUUUGAAAAUGAAGAACGCUUACGACAGUCAGUUGAAAUGUAUGGAAAGGCUUCAAGACUUCUGGUUAGAGGUCGGAGGCUGGAUGAAGCCGCAGCUUCCCUGCAGAAGGAAAAGAGUAUUUAUAAAGAUAUUGAAAACUAUCCAACAUGUUACAAGAAAACUAUUGCUCAAGUCUUGGUUCACCUUCACAGAAACGACUAUGUUGCUGCAGAAAAAUGUGUCAGGGAAAGCUAUAGCAUACCAGGCUUCAGGGAAAGUGAAGACUGUGCAGCCCUAGAGCAGCUACUAGAAGGGUAUGAUCAGCAAGACCAGGAUCAAGUGUCUGAUGUCUGCAACUCACCCCUCUUUAAGUACAUGGACAAUGAUUAUGCCAAGCUGGGUCUCUCCCUGAGUGUGCCUGGUGGAGGUACAAAAAAGAAGAAAUCCCCAAAUUCUUCACAGGGCAACGCUGACGGACCAGCAGUAACAUCUUCCCGUGGACAUGAGGAUGAAGAUGAGUACGCAGGUGGACUUUGCUAACUCCAAUUCUCUCCUUUUCUCAAAUAUCAGACUUGCUGUUCCUGACUAUUGAGCAAUUUCAGAGGUACCCGAAUUAUCAUCACUCCAUUGUAAUCAUGAAACUGGAAGGCUAAUGACUUGGCAGCUUUGGAGAUACAUUUUAAAAAGCAUGGCUUAGAGCACUUGAGGUUACAUUCUUAAAUCAACUUGGUAGUGCAUCUAUUUCAAUGAAGGAGUUGAGUAUUGUAGCCUUCUGAAAAAAGAGACAUAGUUGGAGAGAGAGAGAACAUUUAUCUUCAUUAGUUCUUCGAAGACUAAAUGUUCUUAGCUCAAACCAAAUAGCCCCAUGAAAACUUGGAGUUUGAAGAAGAGGAAGUUUUCAUGCUGACGGGUUAUGCAUUUUUGAAAAAACAAUACUCAAUGAUUUGAGAUUAUCUUAAAAAUCUCUUGACAGGUAUCUCUUCUUGUGUGACUAUAAUAUUGGGUGAAACGUGUCUCUGUAAAAGAUAUAGGAGCUCUGUGUAAUUCCAAGAUAGCACCCUCAGAUUUUCAGGUGUGAAUGUGGUAACUAUUGGUUGUCAGUGUAACACCUCUCUGUCUAAACUGUAAAAGAUGUCUGAUGAGUAUUUGGCUAAUAAAUACUUUGAACUUUAAAAUCUUUUGCUAUUUGGCAAAAUAGGCUUAAUUUACAAAUUCUUAUAAAUGAUUUAGUACAAAUCUAGUUAGAUGUAAAACGAACCUGCUGUUCUUAGUCUCAAUGUUUGUAUCCCUGUUUGAGUGAGUUCUUUGGUAUGAUUUCAGAUAUGCAGGCUGUUGCACAGAGGAACCUUUGCAGUUAUUAAAGAUGUCUGCAAAUUGUUCUUCAUGUUGUACUGAAUAAUAUUAGUCUGUUUAACUCUGUAAUCUCCCUUAUUGUGCAGAGAUGAGAACUAUGCCACAGAAGCAGGAUUUUGAAAUGUUUUCUCUAACAUUCCAGUAGUAGUUUUGUGUGUAAGAAUGAACACAAUUCCCUUUUAAGUAUUUAUACAAUUAUGGAAUAAGGUAGUCCAGAGCUUAGUGACUGUUUCCUCAGUCUUUUGAGUGGAGAAAAGCAACUCUGCAUACUUAUGCAAGACUCCCUCUCCCAAAAGAACACAUUAGUACAUACACUCAGAAGUGUGAAUUGGAGCACACCUUCGUGGCUAUAGAUUGGGGCAGUAUGGAUCUUGGGAUGCUUGAGAGUCGUAUUCUUUUACGGGUUACAGUGGGAGCAUAGUUUUUGUACAGCACACACCUGCAGCAGGUCACAUUAAGUGAGAACAAGUCUGCACAGGGAAUAAUGUGCUGCUAUGUUCAGAAAGUUAAAAGGUUUGUGGAGAGGAUGAGGAUGAAAAUGUUGAACUUAGGUCUAAGUUAAAAGCUUUCUUUUUCAUCGUACAUGGAAAAGCCCAGAAGCAUAAAGUAGAAUAUACAUGAGAAGAAAGUAGUACCUUAAAACUGGAUACCAGUGAUGCUGUCAGUACUGAAAUUUGCCAAGGCUGAUGUGCAGUGGAUAAUGUCUCACAUGACCUUUAUUUUAUCUAACGAAAUGUCAUGGAAAUGCUAUUACCAUUAUUAAAUGUAUAUUUUAAAGAAAUCAGUGCUUAGCUUGUGUUCCGAGCAAUUUGCACACUACUUUUGCCUCAGGUGGAAAAUUCAUCAAGGAGGAAAUUUUUGCAGAAUAAUGCCAACCUUUCCAGCGCCAAAGCAAGUACUGGUUUGCAUGAAGAUGCUGAAAUGUAGUCUGAUGUUAUUACAUUAAAUGACUUUAUAAAUUAUGAAAUAUAACUUAUUUGUAAACUCAGAUGCUGUGUAAACUGUGUUUAUGCAAUGUGAAACCUAUGCUUUCAUUGUAACUGUCCCUAUCCAAUCUGUGGGAUGCAAUAGAAUAUUAAAUAUGUUGUAAUUGUUCUUCACUCUCAAUGAAGAGGCAUUGUAUGUCACAGGUAAAAAUAAAAUUUAAAAUAACUCCUCA